AUGUGAUUGCCCCUACGGGACCUGAGGGCCAUUUAUGAAGUCCUGUUUCGAGAUGGCGUCAUGGUGGCCAAGAAAGACAAGAGGCCUCAGAUCAAACACCCUGAGGUGGAAGCUGUAACCAACCUACAGGUGAUCCGUGCUAUGGGUUCUCUCAAGUCUAGAGGCUACGUGAAGGAGACAUUCGCCUGGCGUCUCUACUGGUACCUAACGAAUGAAGGCAUUGUUUACCUGCGACUACCUCCGCUGCCCCCUGAGAUCGUCCCUUCAUCCCUGCAGAGGAUUCGGAAACCAGCCGCCACUUAG